CUGGUGUGACCCCUCCCCUGUCCCCUCUGCAGGUAUUGUUGUCUGAUUGGGUGUCUCACUGAGGCCUGAGGUAUUCCCUUGUAAACGGGCUUAGUGAAAACUGAGUUGGUUUAACAGGUUUUACAACAACACAGCGCCGUGUAGUGAGCUGAGCGUCUCAGCUGUCCCUCUCUCCGACACUGACGCUGAAAUGGGCCGCUGGAGCAGACCAGCUGAGGUCAUCUACCGGCGGUUUAAGAACCGUGAACACAGCGGCGAGACAAACUUUGUGUGUCACAGCGAUGAGUCGCAGGGCACAGACAAUGAGAUCUGCACUAUUACCUCAGCGAGAGUCGACUCAGCGGCCGGACGCUCUGCACCAGCAUAUGGAUCUAAUGAAGAGGAAGAAACCUUUACAGUGGAUGAUGCACUGGAGGCCAUCGGUUUUGGAAAGUUCCAGUGGAAGAUGUCUCUCCUCACCGGACUGUCAUGGGUAGCAGACGCCAUGGAGAUGAUGAUCCUCAGCAUCUUGGGCCCGCAGCUGCACUGUGAGUGGAGGCUGCCCAGCUAUCAGGUGGCUCUCAUCACAUCGGUGGUGUUCGUUGGGAUGGGGAUCAGUUCACCUGUAUGGGGGAAUGUGUCCGACAAAUAUGGCAGAAAAAUUGGUCUGACGAUUUGUAUGUGCUGGACUCUGUACUACGGCCUGUUGAGUGCCUUUGCUCCAGUGUACGGCUGGCUCCUGGUCCUGCGGGGCCUCGUCGGCUUUGGCAUCGGAGGAGCUCCUCAGUCAGUGACACUCUACUCUGAAUUCCUCCCAGUGAAGUCGAGAGGCAUCUGCGUCAUGCUGAUUGCGGCUUUCUGGGCCGUUGGCUCUGUGUUCGAGGUCCUCCUGGCGCUGUGGGUAAUGCCCACUCUCGGCUGGAGGUGGCUGCUCGGCCUGUCCACUUUACCGAUGGCAAUCUUUGUCUGCUUCUGCUUUUGGCUGCCUGAAAGUCCUCGUUUUGACGUGCUGAUGGGAAAUAGAGAAAAAGCCAUGAGAACUCUAACACGCAUCGCCAAAGAUAACGGCAAAGCCAUGCCUCAAGGGAUAUUGGUUGCUUAUAAAAAGAAAGAAAGAGGACAGAUCAAAGAUCUCUUCACUCCUCAGUAUUGGAAGACUACUCUUCUUCUGUGGUUUAUAUGGUUUGCGAAUGCCUUCUCCUACUAUGGGAUAGUACUGUUGACAACUGAGAUGUUCCAAAGCAAAGAUACAUGUGGGGCGACCCAAGGCGCCAAGAUCGAACCGAGCUGUAGUCUGGAAUGCAAAUAUUUGACGUCGGCUGACUACAAAGACCUUUUAUGGACGACCUUGGCUGAAUUCCCAGGUCUUGUAGUUGUCCUUCUGGCAGUUGAGUAUAUUGGCAGGAAGAAGAGCAUGGCAAUGUGUUUCUUCAUGUUCUCUUUGUGCAUUCUGCCUGCGUACGCUUGUAUUGGGAGGACGGCACUUACGGUCUUCAUCUUCAUUGCCAGAGCCUUCAUCUCUGGGGGAUUCCAAGUUGUUUAUGUUUACACACCAGAGGUGUUUCCUACAGAAAACCGAGCCUUAGCAAUGGGAACCUCCAGUGCGUUGGGCAGGGUAGGCGCCCUGAUCACUCCCUUUGUUGCACAGGUGAUGCUCAGAUCAUCAGUGUAUGGGACCCUGUCGGUGUACCUCGGCUGUUGUCUCCUGGCCGGCGUUGCGUCCUUGAUGCUGCCCAUUGAGACGUUAGGCAGGGGUCUGCAGGAGUCCGGUCUUGACCAGGAGGCCGGAAGGCAGACAACCACCACAACCAGCCAGGCAAAUGCUACAGCACCCUCCCCGGACCGUUAGAUCGACCAGGAGGAAUGAAAAAGAA